CCAAAAAACUCUCUCCCCACCCCACACAAACCCACCCCCCCGGCCGAACACUUCUCGACUGGGACUACGUCUCUGUCCACACUGCUACUCCUCCGUCUUCACCCUCCGCCGGAGCUCCGACCCCCUACCGUCAUCCUCCUACGACGAUGAAGCUCGUCAGGUUCUUGAUGAAGCUGAACAAUGAGACCGUGUCCAUUGAGCUCAAGAACGGGACCGUCGUUCAUGGCACCAUCACAGGAGUUUGUGCGUGUUGUGCAGGCGUUGAUAUCAGCAUGAACACACAUCUGAAGACAGUUAAACUUACUCUGAAGGGAAAGAAUCCAGUAACACUCGACCACUUGAGUGUGAGGGGCAACAACAUCCGCUACUACAUCCUCCCCGACAGUUUGAACCUUGAGACUUUACUGGUAGAAGAGACACCGAGGGUCAAGCCCAAGAAGCCCACUGCUGGGAAGCCUCUGGGACGAGGUCGGGGCCGGGGACGCGGUCGUGGACGAGGGCGUGGCCGUUAAGUAUUCUGUUUGGGGCUUUAAACUUGAAAUUUUUUUACCGAGAUUUGACCGAGGAAUUCUGUACCGAGGUUUUAACUUUUGGACUGCAUGAUUAGUUAGUGUUUUUGGACAUGGGUUAGUGAUGUCACUGCUGUUUGUCCGCUUGUAUUUCUUUUGUGUUUCACCAUGAAUGUCGUAGCUCUCACUUGAUGAAUAUAUAUCAACAACAGCCCAUAUUUCGGUACUCUACAUUCGUAAC